AUGAGGGUGAAGCGUGAGGCAAAGAAAAGGGCAAAGUACUUGGAAGUUGGGGAAAGUCUUGGAAAUGUGAAUGGUGUUAUAGGGGAGGUCGAGCUUGCACAUGGAAAACGUAAAUCGAAGAAAUGUGAGUGCAAUGCUAGGGUUUAUGGGAGUUUAAACGUUGAUGGGCUCUGGAUUUUGAAAACCUUUGUGUUGGAGCAUACUCAUACUCUAUCUCCUAGUAUGGAAAAUUUGGUUAAAGAGUAUCGUAUGAAGAAGUUGACAUCAAUGAUACGAAAGAGGUUGAUUAAUUUUUUUGAGGAGGGUCUCUCCGUGUCCCAAAUUCGCGGUUGUUUAGGCACUGGGAAUGGAAACUUGCCAAGUGUGAAGGAUCUUCAGCAUGAAGUGUACAAGCAAAGGCGGCUCAAGAUGGUCGGUGGAGAUGCACGAGCCAUGAUGGACUACUUUGAUUACAUGCAAGCAGAUAUUCAGAAUUUUUACCAUGCAAAUAGGUUGGAUGAUGAUGGUCGGUUAAAAGAUGUCAUGUGGGUGGAUGCAAGGAGCCGGGUAGCUUAUGAAGACUUUGGAGACGUAGUUUGCUUCGAUGCCACAUACCUAACAAAUGAGUACGAGCUACCCUUUGCAAAUUUUGUCGGGGUUAAUCACCCAUGGCCAGUCCAUUCUGUUAGGGUGUGCCCUCAUUUCUCAUGA